GAUCUCUGCUCGUGUUGUCAAAAAGAAGCUCUCGCUCCCGCAAUAGUAAUGGCUGAGUGAGGUAUCGGUGUUAGACUAGAAAAAUUGCCGUGGAAUAGUGCGAAUUCUUUGGAUAGUCGAGCAUUCCUCCAACGUUGCGAGUGCCGAAAACUGUAGAUGCGUAUACGACGGUGGAAAUAGAAUAAGCCACAAUGGCAUACACUUGUCCACGGGAUCUGGACGGCUUUAUGCCGCAUCUGCCCAAGAAUGACACCAAGUUUCGCCAGCAGCUCGGUGCCGAUCUGCUGGCUUAUCUAGCGGAGCCAUCCAAUCCUAUGUAUUGCCAGGAUAUUGGGCAACUUGUUGACGGACUUAUUCCAUGGAUGCAAAGUAGCAAUUACAAGGUCUCUAGUAAUGGGAUUGAGAUAAUGACCUAUCUGGCCGAUCGACUGGGCCAGGACUUUCGGCCGUACCUGCAGACGGUGCUACCGUGUGUGAUAGACCGCCUGGGCGACGCCAAGGACACGGUGCGCGAGAAGGCGCAGCUACUGAUUCUGAAGCUGUUGGAGCGCGAGGUGCUCUCGCCGCAGUCGCUGCUCGAGAAGCUCACGCCCGGCUUCACGCACAAGAACGCCAAGAUACGCGAGGAGGUCCUGCGUUGUCUGGUCAACACGCUCAACGAACAUGGCGCGGCGUCGGUGACAUUAAGCAAAUUCAUUCCGCAUAUUGUCAAAUUGCUGGCGGAUCCGGCGUCUUCGGUGCGCGACACUGCGUUUGCAACCUUGGUCGACUUGUACAAGCAUGUGGGUGAGAAGCUGCGUGUGGACCUGCAGAAGCGUAAUCUAGUGCCGGCGCAAAAACUCGCCACCCUUCUGACGCGCUUUGACGAGGUGCGCGAUGCUGGCGAGCUAUUACGCACUGCUACUACCAGUUUAGACUAUUGUACUGACGAAGUGGACAGAAUGUCAAUGCCCAAGCCUAAUAUCCCGGUAAAGAAGGCCGGACUUGGUUCGGCUAUUAAAAAAACACCUUCCGUUAUGAGGACUGGUUCAUCAGCUUAUACAUCAGCUGCUGGAGCUGGCGCAGUGGACGAAGAAGUGUUUCUGAAACAAUUUGAAGAUGUGGCCACAAUUCAGCUGUUUACGCCGCGAGAGCUAAAUGAUCACAUGAAAUCAGUGCAGGAAAUUAUUUCGGACAGCAGCAAAGAUUGGAAUAAGCGGGUUGAUGCGCUGAAGAAGAUUCGAUCUUUGAUUAUUGCGGGUGCGACCGCUUUUGACGAUUUCCAUGUCAACUUACGCAAUCUAGAGCGACCAUUAGUGGAAACAAUUAAGGAUUUACGCUCGCAGGUGGUCCGCGAAGGAUGCAUAACUAUUGCAUUUUUGGCUCAAAGUCUAGGUAGCAAGUUUGAUCAUGCAGCGGAGAUUUUAAUCGUACCUUUGAUAAAUUUAAUACAGAAUUCUGCUAAGAUUAUGGCAACUUCUGGCCACACUUGUGUGCGUUUUAUUAUCCAAUACACGCAAAGUCCUAGGUUGAUACCGAUCAUCACUUCUAAUUUGCAAAAUUCCAAGAGCAAGGAUAUUCGCCGCAGUUGUUGCGAGUUUUUGGAGGUGAUUUUAAGCUAUUGGCCGGCUUAUCCACUCGAAAAGCAUAUAGCACUUUUACAAGAAGCCGUCAAGCGUGGCAUAGGCGACGCAGACUCUGAGGCCAGAGUUAUUUCCAGAAAAGCAUUUCGUGGAUUUCGUGAUCAUUUUCCAGAGCAAGCCGAAGCACUACUACAGUCUUUGGAUCCCAGCCAUCGAAAGGCGCUGCAAAGUGACCUGUGUCUUUCGAGCAGCUCUUCAAGCGGCAGUUUGGCGCAGCAGGGUUCGAUGAGCUGUCGGCCCGUACGCAAGAUGGCGCCGCCACUCAGCACAGGCAGUACGGAGAACUUGUACAGUGGCUUGCAGCGCGCACCCUCGUUGCCGAGAACUUACAAGCAGAGGAGCGGUAUUCCGGUCUUGUCUAAUGCGAACGGCCGUAAAGGAUUUCGCAGCAAUUCCGCCAUUGAUUUGCAAGCGGCGCAACGCGCGAAAGCGCGAAAUCAGUAUUCGGCAAUGGCGCGCCAGAAGAUUGCGUCCGGCACGGCCAGUUUACAUGGAGAAACGUCACCAGCGCGGCCCAAGAAGACGGAUGUUACACCACCGAUGACACAGUCGCCCGAAAGAUCUGGGAGGAGUCGCAGUAGAAACUCUGGCGUUUCGCAUUCUCAACCAACUAGUCGUUCAGGAUCGCCGUCAUCGCGGUUAUCUUACCACUACAAUAGGAUAGGACACGCCCUCGACAGCGACAGCCCACGACCACGGCGGUUGUCUUCCGGUAUUCCUAGGUCGAUAACUGGAUCGCGGGACACGUCCAGAGAAACCAGUCCCACGCGCGGCGGAAGUUUGAGUAGGUUUAGACGAAAUAGCGACCGCCCACCGAUGAGCCCCGCCUCUAGACCACCUGUAAUGGCACAAAAGAUUCUUCAGCAGAGUCGCGAGGCGGAAACCGCACUGGCUGACGCCCUUAAUUAUGACCCAAUAGAGACAGACAGCCACAGGCUUAACAGUCCAAGAAGGAUGCGUUCCAUUGAGAACCACUCUGAUGAUUCGGAAACGUCUAGUGUGUGUUCGGAAAGGUCGUUUGAUUCUUAUCGAAGGCCGAGUGAUUCUUACUCUUGGAGCGGAUCACAAAAUCGUUUGAGUAGCCGAGAUUACUGGGAGCCAUGUCAUGAUAUUCACGAAAUAAUCCACCUGUGCGCAAGUACCGUGUGGCAGGAACGUAAAGAUGGACUCGUUUCAUUAAGUAUCUAUCUAAAAGACGACCACAUGUUAACUUCGCAUGAGCUUAAAGACAUCACUGAAAUAUGCACGCGGAUGUUUGUCGACUCGCACACGAAGGGACUAAGUGUAUUUCUUGACACUCUCAACGAGUUGAUCAACAAACACAGCGUGGACUUGCAGGAGUGGUUGUACAUUCUCAUGCAUCGGAUAUUCUUCAAGCUAGGCACGGAUCUCCUCAUGUCUGCGCAGACGAAACUUCAAGCUACCCUCGAGAAUGUGAAGGUGCAUUUCCCAAUUGAGCAACAAUUAAUUGUCAUAUAUAAAAUACUCGGAGACUCUUUUCAAACGCCGAACACCAAAGUUAAGCUGGCGGUGUUGAGCUAUCUGACGUCGAUUUAUCGUCUCACGGGCCCAGGGCAAUUAUUGCGACAACCGCCAGCUAGUCAAGCACUGCAGAAGAUUAUCUCUUAUGUAAAGGACUCCAAAUCAUCGGAAAUUCGGAAUGCGGCUCGGACUUGUAUCAUUGCGAUGUGGAAUUGUAACGUGGCGGACGUAACGAUGAUGCUAGGCGAACUGCCGAAGGAAAUGCAGGAUAUUGCCUCGGAUGUGGUGCGUAAUCAGAUGCGCAGCAUAAGUAAUAACGGUAGUCCCAAGCCAACAUCGCCGCACACACCUACUCAUAAUCAUGAUCUAAAUAGUGAAGAGAUUUACAAGAGUCUCAAAAGAACCACGGCCGAAAUUCAGAAUUACAGCUACGAAACUGGUUCCAAGUUGGAUAGAGAGCGAGAUACGACGUCGCAUGAUUCGGGUAUUUCUCAAAUGUCUAUUGGAAACAACGAUAUCAAGAAUGAUAUUGUUGCGAUCGAGGAGCGUUUUGAGAACUUGCAUGUGCGCUCGACGUAUGCCACGCAUUCGAUGAAUGGAUUGACCGAGACCGAUUCAAAUGGAUAUGAUAAAGAAGUCAAUGAGGAGCAAGUGGUGCUGGCUGUUUUAGAAUAUUGUCUCGUUGAUAAUCCGUUGUCUACUGAACAAAAGUGUGCAUUGUUAGAGAAACUAGUUACUGUUAUAAAUCAGGGAAGGGUUGAACCAGUUAUUCAAAAUUUUAAGAAGCUUCUAAAAAUCUUUUUGGAGACAUUGAAUCAAGCUGAGGUUAAGUCAGUGGUCGUAGUUCUCAGAAUAUUGGCUGAAAUCUUAAAGAAGCCCGAGAUGGAGCAGUGUUGGAGCAAUUUCAUAGAACUUCUUACGCUUCGAGUUUUGGAUGCCGUUAGUAGCGAAAAUAGAGAGGUUCGAAUCGCGGCUGAGUUGACGACUACAGCAAUGAGCGUUUUUCCAUUCCACACAGUUGUCAACACUUUAUCACCUCUCGUGCAAACAAGUUCGUAUCCGCGGAUUGAUGGUGCGAUGAAGAUGAUUACUCGAUUGAUUGAUCAACACCCGAAUGAAUUAACCGAUGAUCAUUUGACAUCAUUAAUGCCAGGGUUGAUUAAGGCAAACGAUCACGAACAAAGUUCCGCUCGUAAGAGCGCCGUAUUCUGCAUGGUGGCCAUUCACAAGGCGGUCGGUGAGGAGCGCAUGAGCCCACAUCUUAGAGCACUACCUGGCUCGAAGAUGAAGCUGUUUAGAAUAUACAUUGACAAAGAGAAUGAUGCCGCAGCGAAGAGCGCCCGGCACAAGUCGAGCUAGUCACGUGCCGCGUAAUUUCAUCAUUUCGCACUAGUAACAAACCAAUAGUUGGAUCGACGCAGUUAGAAUUGUUCAACAAAUGAUGAUUUGCGCUAAGGGACGAAGCCAGAGACGAACUAAACGCGUUGCGUACCAUGUGAAAAUGGAAAACACGAGAAACAUUUUCGUAAUUUUAUAGCCUGUAUAUUAUUAAUUCGUAUUGAGUAUAGCAGCGUAUGGCACAGAUUUGACAACACUGUCGUCACAUCACCUCGUGUGUAACUGUAAAUUUUCUGCACAGAAACUUGAUCAUUUUUAAUAAUUGUGCUUACUAAAUGUAUAUAGUAAUUAUUAUUAAAGCAUUAGGAUGAGUUGUUUACACACUGACUACAUAUUUUUGUGUUAUGUUUAUGGAGAGCGAUGGUGAAUGUUGAAAAAGAAAAUUUGUUGAAAAUGUUGAUUGCAUCGAUUUUUUGCUGCACUACAUUAUAAAAGAGACGAGUAUUAGGAUGGCUUGCAACCGUCAAUGCCUUUGUGACUAAUUUAUUAUGAUAUCGUUUUCAUUAUUGCAGACAUGAUUAAUCUAAAUUAUUGCGGUGGCUGGGAUCGUUUGGCCAUUGGAUGAGAGCUUAUGACGAGCUAAAUAUUUUUUAUGCCAAAUAAUAUAUGUGUUAUUAUUAAUCGCGAUCAUUGUGCUAUAGUAGAUACAUUUAAUUACAAAUUUCUUAAAUGAUUCAUCUAGAUCUUGUAACUUAUUAAAAAUAAAAUCAAAGAACUUUAACUUA